UCGCUGCACGUAAGACGUAACGCAACGAACGCCAACAAACAAACAGAGCCAGCGGCGCAACCGCCGCCGCUGAACCGCGCCGCAACCCGCAGGAGAUCGAGCCCCUCCUCCAUUCCUCGGCGCCGGCAGCUUCGGUUGUUCGUUCGCCAUGGCCGGCGGGGAGAGGGACGACGCGGUGGCGAUGGACUCCGGCGAGAAGCGCCUCAACGAGCUCGGCUACAAACAGGAGCUCCGCAGGGAGAUGACGCUGUUCAAGACGCUGGCCAUCUCCUUCUCGACGAUGACGCUCUUCACGGGGAUCACGCCGCUGUACGGGAGCAGCCUGCAGUACGCGGGGCCGGCGCCGCUCGUCUGGGGCUGGGUCGUCGUCUCCUUCUUCACCUGGUUCGUCGGCAUCGCCAUGGCCGAGAUCUGCUCCUCCUUCCCGACCACUGGUUCUCUGUAUUUCUGGGCUGCUCAUUUGGCUGGUCCAGUCUGGGGUCCCUUGGCAUCUUGGUGCUGUGCUUGGCUGGAGGCCAUCGGCCUCAUUGCCGGAAUUGGCACACAGGCAUAUGCAGGAUCCCAAGUAUUGCAAAGCAUCAUCCUACUCUGCACCGGCACCAACACCGGCGGUGGCUACCUGGCCCCUCGCUGGCUGUUUCUGGUCAUGUACAUCGGGUUGACACUGAUCUGGGCCGUGCUCAACACUUUUGCUCUUGAAGUCAUCGCGUUCCUCGACGUGAUCUCCAUGUGGUGGCAGGUGAUCGGUGGCACCGUGAUCGUGAUCAUGCUCCCGCUGGUGGCCAAGACGACGCAGCCGGCGUCGUACGUGUUCACCCAUUUCCAGACGUCGCCCGACGUGACGGGGAUCAGCAGCAGCUCCUACGCCGUCGUCCUGUCCUUCCUCGUGAGCCAGUACUCGCUGUACGGGUACGACGCGGCGGCGCACCUGACGGAGGAGACCAAAGGCGCCGACAAGAACGGGCCCAUCGCCAUCCUCUCCAGCAUCGGCAUCAUCUCCGUCUUCGGCUGGGCGUACAUCCUGGCGCUCACCUUCAGCAUCCAGGACUUCAGCUACCUGUACGACGCGAGCAACGAGACCGCCGGCGCGUUCGUGCCGGCGCAGAUCCUGUACGACGCGUUCCACGGGCGGUACGGCAGCUCGGCGGGCGCCAUCGUGCUGCUGCUCGUCAUCUGGGGAUCCUUCUUCUUCGGCGGGCUGUCCAUCACGACGAGCGCGGCGCGGGUGGUGUACGCGCUGUCGCGGGACAGGGGCGUGCCGCUGUCGUCGGUGUGGCGCCGGAUCCACCCGCGGCACAAGGUGCCGGCGAACGCGGUGUGGCUGUGCGCGGCGGUGUGCGCGCUGCUGGGCCUGCCCAUCCUGCGCAUCAACGUGGUGUUCACGGCCAUCACCUCCAUCGCCACCAUCGGGUGGGUGGGCGGCUACGCGGUGCCCAUCUUCGCGCGCAUGGUGAUGCGGGAGGACGACUUCCGCCCGGGGCCAUUCUACCUCGGCCGCGCAAGCAGGCCCGUCUGCCUCGUCGCCUUCCUGUGGAUCUGCUACACCUGCUCCGUGUUCCUGCUCCCCACAGUGUACCCGAUCAAGAUGGACACCUUCAACUACGCGCCCAUCGCGCUCGGCGUCGUCCUCGGCCUCAUCAUGCUCUGGUGGCUGCUCGACGCGCGCAAGUGGUUCAAGGGCCCCGUCAGGAACAUCGACGAACACAACAACGGCAGCAAGGUCUGACACACCACCAACGUCGUCGUCGUCAAGCUCAAGCAAAGCCUCGAGCCACUCACGCCAUCCUCUCUUUUUGAACACCAUGGGUGCUGAUGAACACCAUGCUCUCUCCGUCUGUGUGUAUGAUGCUGGAUCAGUGGGGUUUAGUUAGUUUAGAUUGUGGAGUGAGACCUCUGGGUGACAUACAAGGAAACUAGAGGUUGACCCAUUGUGGAGAACAGAGGAAAAAUUGAGCAAACAGAAAAGGAAUAUGAAUGACCAACAAAGUACAAGCAUUGGGGACACUGAUGUAUGCUCCCUGUGUAACUAUGUUAUUUUAGGCUUGUUCUAAGACAAACUUCCCAAACAAUUUAAUUUUGAUCAAGUUUUUAGAUGUAAGCCAAAGAAGAGAAACGGAUACUUUCUUUUUU